AUGGUACACAGGUCCUCCAAUUCACUCCUUCUCACAAACCUGAUCUCGCAAGAAACGCUCUACUCGUCGUCGCUUUCCUCGCUCCUUAACACCUCCCAUGUUUCUAUAACUCUGUAUGAAGCUUACGCGGCGAGCUCGUCAGCAGACGUUGCUCAGCUCGUUAUGAGCGUGGUGGAGGCAAUGAGAGCCGUCGAUGAUGCGUUGAGAGGCUACGAAGGGAAGAUAAAGGAAGGGAGAGAGGUGCUGAAAAGCGUCGAAAAGCUUGAGGAGGAAGUGGGGAAUGUCGCAAGAGACAGAGAUAUUCUCGUCAACCGACUCAUUAAAGCUUCGAAAUCCACGAAACGCGCCUCGAUUCCCCAUUCGAACUCAUCUUCGUCUUUCCCUUCACCAUUCUCGUCUACGGCGACGUCGAGUAAACUAAACGCGGCACAGGCGGAGCUGCAGGCCUGCGAGGCGCACCUCACGGCCAAGGAACGCGAAUUAGAGAAGAGGCGAGGCGAUGUUGUAGAACAAGCCUUAAUGGGGAGGUGUAGGGGUAUCGUGGAAUGCGGACAAAUUUGGGUUGAGAGAGGACAACGGGCUCUGAGCGUACUUGAACAAGCAUCAUUGACGGCCAGGGAAGCCAACGACCCCAACCGCCGCCCUUUAUCUCUGCACUCACCCUUUCAACUAUACCAGUCGCCAGUAGCGGGAGCGAGUGCUCAAUCACACGGUUCACAACCUCAACCGCGUCAGGUCCAUACACCACCUCUAUCAACUUCGGGCACUGGCUCUGCAGGAUCUAGCAAACCCCUCCCGCAAGUAAAUCAACACGACACACAUCGUCUAUCUUACAUAUCCUCGAAUGCCUCAUUUGUCUCGUUAUCUCAAUACUCUACUUCCACGGCGACAUCCUCGCUCGCCCCCUCCCAAUCGGUGUCUCAAGUCAACGGGGGUGACGUCGUUGAUGUAGAGCCGAGGAUUGGUACCUCCCCCGACCAUCAAGAAAGGGAACGAGAGAACUCGCCGCGCUUUUCCUCACCGUUACCUUCAUCACCCCCACCGUUACCUUCGCACUCUCCUGCAUUACUCCCUCUGCCUCCUCCGAACACAGACAUAGUCGACAUAAACGCUCCUCGACCAAGUAGUCAGCAUAUUUACUCUAAUGCCGAGUUCCUGGAUGUCGGAGGGUCCGUCAAUUCCCAUGCUACGACAACCACGGAGACUGGUGAGACUGCGACCACCAGAACGACCACGCAAGACCAUACGACGGACAACGCGAAUGGGGUACAGCGUCCCCAUUUCCGCCAACCAUCUCCUGUCCAGCAUCUUCAACACCAUCUUAACAUCCCACCAGCACACGCUAUCUCUGAGCUCGCGCUUCCCACGUCUAUGUCGUUGCCCUCGUUCACGCCAGCUACAAACACGUCUACCCCUUCGCUGCCCGUCACUCCUACCUCUCGGUGGCUGCUGGGCGGUCGACGCGAUAGCUGGCGGGAGAGGAGGGAAAGCUGGAGUCACGGUAGUGGGGUGAAGCGAUCGUAUCUGUCAGAAUCAGAGGGGCGCCGAGGUGCCAGCGAAGGUGUCAUUGCCGUCGGAGGGAGUGUAGGUGCAGACACUAGCAAGGGAGUUGGCGCAAGCAGUAGUCAGAUGCGAGUCAACGAGAGCGAAGAGCCUCCGGAGAGAGGUGAGGUCGAAGAGGACAGUAGUGACGAGGAAGUUGAGGAUGCAAGGGUUGUUGUCGUCGAAAAUCCGAGGUUCGCCACUGGCAGAUCGUCGAAGAAAGCGAAGGAGACCAACGGAGUGGGCAUUGGUCGGAGGGGUGGAAGUGGAGGGAUGAGCCCCAGCAAACGCGAACGGCGAACGAGCUUAGGCAUGGGAUUCUUUGGCAGCAUCCGCGGGCUCUUCACUCACGGCUCGCCUACGAAGGACUCCUCGCCUGGGAAAGCCCACUCCCACCAAGGGGACCAACGCCCCAACGGAGUCCAUGCCGAUGACGAUGAGAAGGAAGGUGGCGGAUUCUUCAGGCGAGGGAGUAGGCGUGGUGGGAAGUGGGAAACGAGGACGAACGAUAAUCUGAAGGACAUGAUGCGGAAGGGCAAAGGGCGGGACAGCGACAGUGAUGCCGGAGGAGGAGGAGGCGGGGAUUUAGGCGAGAUGUUUUCCAGCCCAUCUAGGUCAAGCAUGCAGACUGUUACUGCGCACAAUACCCCUGGUUCUGCUCCUUCGUUCGCCUCUGGCGGGGUGGCGAUCGGCGGAGCGACAGUACGAAGACCCUCGAUGAAUGGGAGUACGAGUACGUUGGGUGCGCCUGGCUCGCCCAGCGGAGCGAGGAAUAAGCUGAGGAAGGGGCAGGGGAAGAAGGGGAAGAAGAACAACCGGAAAACAAGUACGGAUGACGUAGAUGCUACAGGCGUCGGCGGCGUCGGCAGUAAGGAUGGCGGUAACAGAGGUACCGUUGGAAACAACGACCAAAAUAGACCCACUGGAAGCCCCAAACGGACCUUGUCUAUGAAGCGUCCCGCGACUGUCUUGCAGGUCACGCCGCCACCAACGAAGCCACUGGCUUCACCCCCUCCGCUGCAUUCGUCGCCACCCCCACGGACUCAUCCCUCUGCAGGUGGCGGUAGUAGUAACCAGGGCGAUUUGCAAAGGAAAGCAUCAUUGAGCAGUGCGAUGAGUGUACCCAUUAUCUCGGCUCUGGCCCCGUCUCCUUCGAAUGUGGGCUCAGGCAAAGGCCAUCGACGUGCUUCCUCUGUCGGCCAUGGCUCUGGCGCUGGGUCGCGCACGCCAAGUCAAAACUAUAGCGGGGCUCGAGGAAGUAUAGACGAAGGCAUGACGCUACUUACUAUCGUCGAGGAUAUGGCCCGUCUUAACCGCAUGGCUUCGGCCAAUAGAGGGCGAGGUGGUUUGGGUAGCGAUUUGAAGGCAGCUGUAGGAGGCUCGGGUGUCACCGCCAGUAGCGGAGGCCAGACAUUGGUACGGUCGAAAUCCAAGUCGCAUUCAAACAUGCCGUCGACAUCGAGCGCUGCUUCCUCAGCGCUGAGUGGUGGGCUGGUUGGGUUGAUGGAUGUCAAAGCGCCACCGAGUGUUGGGAGACGGGAGUUGGAGAAUGAGCUUGCAGGGAAUACCGAGCGUCAGAAUCCUUCUAGCCAUACCAAGGCCUCCAGCUAUAGCUCACGCGCCGACGACCUUCCUUCCAAAUCGCAAAGCCCCCGUCAAGGUGACACCAGUAAAAGAAGUCUUGCGAAUUCAAAUACCAACGGAAAUGCUACAACGCCCUUUGCGAUCCCUCAAGCCCCGGGAUCCGUCCUCCAUCUGUCUGCUAGCUCUACUCCGACGUCAAGACCUCACGCAGGGUCAUCUGUGUCGGCGCUAGCAUUUCCACCGAGAUCCUCCUCCCCUUUAUCAACGACGAUGCCCUCCGGAUCCCCUCGCGGGUCGUUGGAUAGCGGUCUCUCAGGCGGUAGUGCUGUCGGCAGAAGUAGACCCGCGAAAUCGCCGCUCAAAAGCGCGUUGAAGCAUUCAAGCUCGAGGUCGCCUUCGCCGAUGACUCUGGGUGGACGUGUACCGCCGAGUGCGAGUGCCAUUGGUGGGAGCUCUGCAGCCAGCGGGAGUGGGACAGGCGCAGUCGUGGCGCAGUCUCAAGCAGUCAACCCCACUGUUCGGGACCUCGAUGAAGGCGGUCGGCUUGCCGUAGGGAGCGAGAGGAAGAGGAGCUUGAAGGGUAAAGGCGAGGGGAAAGCGAAAGUCUCUAACAUCAUCAACGAUGGCGAUCAAGUUGACUCAGAUUCGGAUUCUGCUUCGUACGAGACGGUGCAUGAAGCGUUGACGGCUGACGAAGACUCUGAUGGUGAUGAUAAUGAACCGACGUGUCAACCCACGGCUGGAACGGCUCUAUCGAACGUUGAAGUGCCUCAUACUCAUCCCCAUUUCGAAACCUCCGUACAAAGCAACACCGACAGCUUCCACAAAGGUGAUGACACGCCCAGGAUCAGUGCUGCGAACGGUCGCCCGGCAAUGGCCAUGUCGGACAUUUCGAGUGCUUCCGCCUCGACAACAACGAUGAACUCAUCCCCAAGCCCACACAGUCAUAAGCCGUUACCUCCGCUCGGCACAAUACCAGGAUCUGCAUCAACUGCCGCCGCUGCUGAUCAAGAAGCCGAGGAGAAAGUACAAAGAAGAAAGAGUGUACGGGUUUCUCUCAAACCAAGCUAUGCAGCCCCUCCAGUAAUCAAUGACGACGAAGACGAGGAGGCCGAAGGGGGUAACCAUGAAGAUAGCAUCAACAACGGUGAAGUCAUAGAUAUGUGGAAGGACUCGAGUGACGAGGACUUGGAGUACGAGAGAGCGAAGAAGCGGCUGAGUCGAGCCGGUGAGACGAAGAAAGGUAGCAAGAAGCGGUCGAAGACGAGCUACACGAAUUCGUUGAAAGAAAUGUCUGACCAAGAGCAGAACCCCCCGCCCCAAGAUGAAGUCAAAACAGAAGACGCCAACGCCACUAUCAAUAUCAAGGUCGCAAGCUCUACUGGGGAAGAAAUCUUCUUCAAGAUAAAACGCAGCACCAAGUUGAGUAAACUGCAAGGCGCGUAUGCGAACAAAGUGGGGAAAGAUGUAGGCAGUAUUCGCUUCUUGUACGAAGGAGAGAGAAUAAACAACGAUGACACACCCGCAUCACUGGAUAUGGAGGAUAAUGAUACAAUUGAUGUGAUGGUGCAACAGGUCGGUGGCUGUUGA